GAUGUUGACCCACAUUCAUAGAGAAGGGGUACAUUUUUAUCUUUCAGAAUGUUGGCUACCAGAGUAUUCAGCCUAAUUGGCAGGCGAGCAAUUUCCACCUCGGUGUGUGUACGAGCACACGGAAGCGUUGUGAAGAGUGAAGACUAUGCUCUCCCGAGUUACGUUGACCGGCGUGACUACCCCUUGCCUGACGUGGCCCACGUCAAGACCCUCUCUGCCAGCCAGAAGGCCUUGAAGGAGAAGGAGAAGGCCUCCUGGAGCAGCCUCUCCAUUGAUGAGAAAGUUGAACUGUACCGCCUUAAGUUCAAGGAGAGCUUCGCAGAAAUGAACAGGAGCACCAACGAGUGGAAGACGGUUGUGGGCACAGCUAUGCUUUUCAUUGGCUUCACUGGCCUCGUUAUCAUCUGGGAGAAGCGCUACGUGUACGGCCCCAUCCCGCACACCUUUGACGAGGAGUGGGUAGCCAAGCAGACCCAGAGGAUGCUGGACAUGAAGGUCAACCCGGUCCAGGGCUUCUCGGCCAAGUGGGACUACGACAAGAACGAGUGGAAGAAGUAAGAACCCGCCACUCGUGCACCUGGCCUCCCCUUGUUCUGUCACCUCCGUGCAUCUCGGCCUACUUACUGGAAGCCGUCCUCACAGCAUCAGUGCUAAUAAACGAGCCAUUUACAUGAAA